GUCUUUUUAACCAAUCAAAUCGAGUGGAUUCAUAGCGGACAAAAACACGACAGAGCGCCAUGCAGCCGUUCCUUCGCGCGACGACGCCGCUGCGGUCUCUGGCGCGUGGCCGCGUGGCGAUGCAUGCAAUGGCCGACGGCCUUGGGCUGCAGCGCGCGGUGGCCGCCCACAUGCAGCAGGUCUUCCCGGACGGCCUCGCCCGCGCGCUGGACCAGUCGGACCGCCAUGGCACGCCGACGCUCCACGGCGAGUCCUUUGAGAAGGCCAAGACGAUCCUCAAGAACCCCAAGAACCAGCGCUUUUUGUGGCAGGAGGCGGCUCGCUUGAACGCAUCGCACCAAUCGAGCAUCGUCCUGGACGUGCUGUACGCCAAGAUCUUUGCGCGUAAACCCACGUACCUCCCGCGCACGACCAGUCUCUUCUUACAGCAGGUGCUGCUGGCGGCGCUGGCGACGUCGAACGCGGCGACGGCCGUCGACGCGCUCGUGCAGCUCGCGGCCUUGGACGCCGACCUCGUCCCCCAUACUGUGCGAACGCUCUCGGUCGACGCCGUCUUGCGCCUUGCACUCGAGUCCGCGCCGCAUCUUGUGGCCGACAUUGCGCCGCUCCUGGCACCGCUGCACGUGACGCUCGAGACAGCGAUCGCGCCUGCCGUCUUGCGCGCGCUCUUCGAUGCAAGGGCGUACGCGACGCUUCUCGAUGUGGCCGCGUCCGCACCCGGGCCGCUUCCGCUCUCCACGCAUGCCAACGUGCUCGUAGCCAUGCUCCGUGCUGGCCACGCCAUCGACCACGUCCAACGCCGCUACGUGGACCUCGUCCAGGGCGCGUUCGCCGAUGCGUCACAAACCAACGUCCUCGGCUUUCUCCUCAUCCACGCGUGUACGCAACAGCAGUACGACGUGGUCGCAGACGUGCUCGCGUUUAUGGAGACGCAUGCGUAUGUGCUGCCCAUCGACGAAGCCCUCGUGCUGUACCACACGCUCCUGCCAUCGUCGCGUCCAGUAUCUGAGCACUGUUUGGUCGAGCUCCUCGAGGCGUACCCGACCGUGCUGCCCGCAACGACUCGGACGCUGUCGCUGGCCGUCAGCGCGUCGUCCUUUUUCCAGCACCCAACUGUCGCGACGCGCGUGCUCGACCAUGCGCAGUCCCGUGGCAUUUCGAUUCUGGACGUCGCCUAUGGCCACGCGGGGGCGACCGCCGGGCUGCUGCACCGCCACCGCUUCAAAGCUCGCUACAAGGACGACUUUUUAGAUGGGAAGGUCGCGACGGCCCGCCAAACUGACGUCCACGAUGCGGGGUACCACUUUAGUGGCGCCUUGCUCCAGUUCAUGUGCGCGCAGAACGCUCACGAGGCGGUCGAGCUGCUUCUCAAGGAGCUGCAGUACUACCACUUGGAGGCGACCGAAGACGACAUGAGUAGCGUGCUUCGCAGUCUCCAACCGCACUGGAGCCUCUACUCGCUCUACAAAGCGUACCCGCGCGUGGUCAAGAACGCUCCGGUGGCGCUCACCCGUGGCGUGGCCGACCUCUUGCGGAUUCGCCCAAGCGGCAGUGCGACCGCCGCCGAGAUGGACCAAGCCCUGCAGCUCUGGCGCUGCUACGUGUGGACGGAAGCCGUCAAGCUCGACGACAGCGUGUUUGGUCUCUUGACAUACGCUGCGCUGCGAGACCAGCAGUCGGCCUCGAUCCUCACCGAGGUCGCGACGCAGUACACGCAGCAAGACGUUGGUCGUCACCUUGCGACGCUCCACUCGGCCGUGCUACAGCUCUGCGCCACCUGCAAUGACGCACGCACAAUGACAACGUUGCUCCAGCAGCGACCCGCGGGCCUCCCGCCUCUCAGCGACGUGGAUGUUGACUACGUGCUGGAGACGAUGCCACCGACCGAGGUCUCGGUGCUUGCCUUUCUGCGCAGCUUGCCGCACGGCGUUUUGCCGUGGACGAGUCCGCGGUUGCUGAGCCGUGCGUUGGUGGCCGCGCUCUCGGCCCGCCACGCCACUGACGCGAUCGAGGUCCUUGGCCGCGCGAUUGACUCUAACGUCGAACUCAGCGCCGAGGCGUGCCGAGCGUGCGCACUUGUGGUCCAAGACGACUCGAUCGAUGCGUCGUUCCGAGUCGAUGUCCAGCUCUCGAUGGAGAUGCUUUGGGCUUCAACGACGGACGCCUCGAUCCGCGCCAUCCUCGAGCGCUGUGCGUAAUGGCUUUUAGAAUAGAGAUAUGUCCUCGUCCGACAAGGCGCUUGAG